AUGAACCAUAUGCGUGGUCUUGUGUCUACUGCGCAGGCAUUGCGCCAAACCUUCCUCACACCCAUCCACACAACCAAGGCUGGACUCGUACAGCCUUCUCUGCUACGAAACGGGCUUCAGCUUCGAACUUUCUUCUACUCCCGCCCUCUGGCUAUUGGCAACUCUCAAUCCCAGGCCAAAGUACUUAUCAAAGACGAAGGAAUUCGGGCACCUUUUGUACAGAUCGUCAACGCCGAGGGAGAUCUCGAAGAACCUGAAAGAUUAUCAGAUGUUCUCAAAUCCUUCGAUCGAAACGAAUUUUUCCUUCUCCAAGUUUCUCCAGGAGCUCCAAAGCAACCGCCAGUGUGCAAAAUCCUGAAUAAGUUGGAAUACCGAAACAACGAAAAGGCCAAGGAGAAGGCUGCAAAGGCUGCCAAGCAAUCUCUGAAGCAGAUUGAGUUGAACUGGGCUAUCGAUGCUCAUGAUCUGGCGCACCGGUUGAAGCAGCUGACUUCCUUCUUGGAGAAAGGUCGGAAGGUUGAGAUCAUCCUAACCCGGAAGAAGCAUAAGCGGGCCCCUACCGUGGACGAGAUCAAGCAUGUCAUGCAAAGUGUGUUGGAUACGACUCGAGAGGCUGGAGGUACUCAGGUAAAGGCGAUGGAAGGUGAACCAGGAAAGCGGGUCAUGCUUACCGUGAAGAAAGCCGAUUGA